AUGGCUGGAAAUAAAUCCGGACGACGAAGCAAAGUCGGUGAACGAUAUUUUGAGGAAUUUCGAACUCUCUUCUGGGAGAGACCACAAACGACAUUUGACUUGGUGCAUAAUGCAAACAUUGCCACAAGACAUGCUCAAGAAAGACGCCGUAACCGUACCCCACCUCCAACUUAUGAGGAAGUGUCAUCAAUGCUGAGUUAUCGCGAAUCUCCAGCUAGCCAAAGGGACCGAUCAGCAUCUCCCACUCGCAGAGUUCCUAGUAGAAGAGGCGAAGUUAGCAAUCUCGAUAAUAUAAAUAAUAUAAACAUUGCAGAUGAGGCACGAAGUGGCAUUUCUCCCGAAAUAAAUCAAGGCCAUAGCAAUUCCCGUGAUUUGUCAUCCAAUUUGCCAAAUAUACCCUUAUCACGUAACGAAAGUGAUAUUAGUAUGCAGGAUGUGGGUGGUAGUCAACCAGUCUCUUAUAUGGAAUCUAUAAACGAGGAAAAAAGAUAA